CUUGUAUGGCUACUUUUAAAUACAAUGCCUGCUAAUUCGGUGAUUUUGAAAUCGAACGCAGAAUACAUGAACAAAUGAUUGUUUGCCUUUAUAUAAGCAAUUGUGACUUUAUUCUUUUGUUAUUCCUUUUUCUGGCUGCGCUUAUCUGAUACAGUUUUCAAAAAUGAUUAUUUUACGGCAUAAUGAAACUUACCAUAAAUGUUAAGAUCAUCAAUUUGGUCAUGUUUACCAUGUUAUAACAAUAGAUGAAACUAUAUCACAGUCAAAUCAAUGUGUAUGAUAGGAAGUGUGUUGUUAAAAGAAGACAUUUAAGUUGCUUUGCACUAUUGUUUAUUCAUGCUAUUACUUCGGUUAUAUUAUGUGUACAGUUAUAAGUAAAAUAUAAAUAAAAACAGAUGUUGCCUUUGUAACUGGAGUAAGACGGGCCCAGUUUGAUUUUAUUUAAAUUGACAUAUUAGUAUAGGGACACAAUUGUGAGGCCUGCCAAUUCAGGAUAAAAUCUUUCGAAAAAGGACAACAUAUCAUUGCCGCCAAUCUUCCAGUUCAUGGACACUUUGUGAUGUACAUGUGUGUUCCUAACUUCUGUUUCAUAUAUCCCUCCGAUUACGGCUGGAUCCAAUCACAGACCGUAAGUAAUCUACAAGGUCCGCCAAAUCAACCCCGCGCCAUGCAAGUGACCAAUGCUGACCGAGCGUCUUUGGCUAUCUCUUGGAAUCGACCGUUAAGAAUAGUCGGAUCGCCAGUAACAGGAUACAUCGUUGAGAAACGAACCGCUUGGACACAGGUUUCCAAGGUCUCCGCAAAUGAGCUCUCCUGUGUUGCUGACAAACUUAUUGAAGGCACAGAGUAUGAAUUUCGCAUCACUGCUGUCAACGAAUACGGCAAGGGCAAAGCUUUGGAAUCCGACCAGACCUACAUGGCUAAAAGCCCAUAUAGUAAGUUCAUAUCAAGAUCUCAACUAGUGGUCAGUUAG